UACAAGACAGUGGGAACGGCCGAACGUACGCAUGAGCGAUCAAGUAGAUCAAGAGGUCAGUUUUGUAGCUGUACUGCGUAUACAAGACAGUGGGAACGGCCGAACGUAUGGUGCAUCAGUCAAUUGUAAUCAGACAUUCGCUUUUAAUGAGAGCUAUAUAGUAAGCCUAUUCAUUUCAUAUUUGCAGUAAUGCGAAUGUGUGAAUAGUACGGCAAUAGAACGGCACUGGAAGAAUCAUCAGCUAGCCGGCAUCUUUGUUGCCUUCAGAUGAAUCAUCUAUGCUAUGACACAGUGCAAGUAAAUUGAAGUAUUUAUUUGGUAUAUGAAUUAUCAUACGUAUAGGUAUCACCAAUCAUCGAACAAAUCGUGGGGUCCGAUACUAUACCCUUUGGUUUUUAAGAGGCUAUCUGGGUCGCCCUAUUGAUGAAGUCUAGAGAACUAGCCCUGUUCGCUAUUAACUGGAACACCUACGUUUCAUGAAUGCAUAUGGCUCAAUUAGAUCUUGAAGAUUCCGCCGACCCUUGGAAAUACGUCAUUCUCUUUAGCAAGUUCCUUCUUCUGUUUGUAGAUGGCGGGAUCACCAAGUCUUUUGGGGUCCUCAUUCCCAACAUGGUGACGACGUAUCAAAGCGACUACAAAACCAUUGGACUUGUGUGUAGUCUUCCCACAACAUUAAUGUACUUCACGGCGCCUGUGGCUGGUCUCUUGAUGAGGGUAGUCAAUCCGCGGGUGUUAGCGAUGACUGGUGGAGUUUUGAGCGCCGUACCCAUCAUUUGUGCACCCCUUGCCGAGUCUGUCUACGUUCUUGGGUUUAUGCUCGCUGUAACAGGAUUCGGGAUGUCUCUCACAUACUUCCCCAUAAUGGUGUCCAUCAACAACUACUUUGCGAGGUCGUUUAUAUUCUCGAACACUCUGACCAUCUUCGGGACGACAUGUGGAGCAUUUCUGGUACCCGUCAUCGUGGAGAGGUCCCUUGAAGCAUAUGGGUACAGUGGCGCCUUCCUGAUACUCGGUGGAAUCUCUCUUCAUAUUCUUGUCUGCGGGGCUAUUGUUAGACCGCCCAGGGACCAAAAGACAACGACCGCUUCUCCUACCGAUCGACACAUUCAAAUAACCUCCUCGCAGGAGACCGGGGAGUCUUGUGAAACUUCGAAAUUCUUGACAGGAGCGAACGAUGAAGAGGCAUUGGGAAACGAGGGGCACGAUUCAAACAGCCAGUUGGAAGAUGCUAGUACUCCUGGCUCCUGUUCCUCGUGUGAAUGGCUAUCAUCAAGAUUGAAAACACAUAUCUUCCUCAAAGAACCUCUAUACACCUUAGUUGUUCCCUCCAUUAUGUUGGAAUGCUACGUGAAUGCUGCUUGGAUGCUGUUUCUUGUACCUCAUGCCGAGGGUGCCGGAAUCCCGUUGUCCAGAGCCGUGUUCAUGUCUAGUAUUGCAGGCAUCAGCGGCAUCGUCGGUCGGGUCGUCUAUCUGGUUCUCCUUCAUUUCAAGGUCGACAGUGUUCUCAUCUUCGGUGCAUGCAGUGUUGUCUGCGCUAUUUCCUUCUUCAUAGACUCUCUUGGUUCCACCUACAUUUUUCUUGCCGUCAUGUCGGCCAUCCAAGGAUUCACGAUAUUCAUCUUAGACUGCCUGCCCCAUGCCAUGAUGAAGUUGUCUGUCCGGACCGAAAAGAACCUACCAGAUGCAAUAGCUACGAAUCCAUUCCUGUUUGGUAUGGGUGUCUUAGCAGGAGACUUUAUUUCAGGUCACCUGUAUGACGUCACAAUGUCUUUUACAGUGCUAUAUACGACGUAUGGUGUACUUCUUGCCAUCAUUACGGUCAACCUUCUAAUCUUUAGAAUAGUAGUUCAACGCUCUCCUCGAGGAGCAAUGAGGAACGCCAGCGAAUAGCCCCCGAAAGUUUUUGUUAAUAAUUUUGUUAAUCGUUUGUUCUGUUAUUUUUUCCUCUCUUAAAUUCAUAGACCUACUAGAAUUAUGUCAUCGAGUGCCACGCUUAUAGAUAACAUUUGCUCCAAGAAGAGUAUGCAAUAAUUUCCACAUAUUAGUCAUAUCAUAUUUUACAUCAUUAAUUUCUUUUAGAUAAUAUUCAGAUUUAGCAUUUUUUAAAGUUAGAGUUCAACGAGUUUCGAAACUGUGUAUUUUAGUUUAUUGUGUGCGGUUGGAUUUAAAAUGUACUGUUUUGUACAAAGAUUUUUUACAUUGUUAUUUGAACGAGACUUGUUUUUAGUAUUCUUAACAUGUUUACUGUUUAGCAGUAGACAAUGUUUGUCACUUUGUCAUAUAGAGAUUGAAAUUUGGUUAAAAAUGAAUUAUAUGAGUCUUCGACGUUAUUUAUCGCAAUAUUCCAGUCAGUAUCCUGAAAUAAAAAAAUUCAGCUUUGUCUCGCAAAUUAUUAUUUUAUGAAUACAUAUAAUAUCUUCAGAAUGAUUUUCAUAAGAGAAAAUGAAUCAGUCAGCAUUAAAGAUAAUGCCAGAAUGAUCACUUAUGUCAGCAGAUUGGCAGUACAUGUCUUUAUUAAUAAAUAUGUUAUCUAUUAAUGAUGCCGUGGUUGGUGUUAUUCUUGUUGGUUUUGUUUUUAUGGUGUAGAAAGAGUUGUUAAACAUAGUAUUCAGAAAUAAAUUAACAUUUUUUACGUAACCAUGUUUGAACAAAUCUAAAUCAUGAUCACCAAGAGUAAAACAUGCAUGUUGACGGGUGUUUACUUUAUUAAAGGUCAAGUCCACCUCAGAAAAAUGUUGAUUUGAAUCAAUAGAG